AUGAGAGCUAUCAUUCUUAUAUUUCUGCUAUUCAUUGCCAAUGCUUAAGAUUAACUUUAACAAGAAGAAGCCAUUCAGAUUGUUAAGGAUCUCAAAGAUGCAACCACCAAAAGGUUAGACCUAUUAGAGAUGGCAUGGAAAAAGUACUCAACUAAAAAAAAUGAUUAAAUUUGUGGUUUCACUGAAAUGGUUGCUGAACAAGAAGCCUAAUGUCAAUCCAGAAACAGCUAAAAUGAAUUUAUUUCUGAAUCCAUCAAUUAAUCAACCUCAACCAUUGAGACCAAUAAAUAGAAGAUCGAUAAAAAUGUUCAAAGGCGUAAAAGUCUCGAAGAUUUGAAAUGCAAAUCAAAUGUUAAUAAUAUUAAGUUACUUAAGGAUUAAAAGGAAGCUAAAACACUAUCCAUCCAAUUACAAAAGUCAUUUGCAUAAAGUAGUGGUGGAAGUCUUCUGGAAAUGCUGCAAAGUAAUAGUUUGUAUGAAUAAUUGAAUCUAGAAGUAACUGAACAAGAAGCAUCAGUUAUAAAAUUAAUCUAGGAGGCAUACUAAGAUGAAAAAGAUGCAACUGCUGUAGAGUCAACUGAAUUCAGUUAGAUUUAAUCACAUUAAUAGUAAUUGCCUUAUUCAUCUUAAAAAUCUAUGGAAAAAAAUCGAUAUUUGAUUAUUACGACAUCACAAGAAAUUUCGGAAAAAAUAGACAAAGACUAAUAGAGUAUAACUUUAAAUUCUAUCAAUUCUGUUAAUAAAAUUGAUUAAUUAUGUACUCAAUUGCAAAAGGAAAAUGAAAUAUUAAAGAAAUUAAUUGAUAUAGAAGGGGAAAGAAAGAUUGAUUUGGAUGAUCAACUAACCAUUCUCAAUGGAGAAAAUUAAGAAUGCGACAAUAGUAGAAGAAAGAUGGAAAUAAUAGCGUUAUUGUUGCAAUAAGAUUAUGAUCGAGAAUAGAUACUCUAUAUGAAGGAGAAGGAGGCCAUACUUAAAGAGUUGGAUAUUUACACAGAUUUAUUAAGAUAUUAUUUAAGAUAAAUCUAUAAAACGGACAAUUGA